AUGGAUUCCGAAGAGAAGCAGUCAGCGGUUCGUAUGCGUGGUCGCGCAUCUAAUGAAGCCAACGAAGCGAACUCAUAUCAUCAGAGUGGGCUUGAUGUGCUUCAAGAGAACUGCUCCGAAGAGACAGAAGAAAUCCGCAAACUCGACUCGCAGCUAGACCACCUGAAUGACUAUAUGUCUAAAAUGGAGGAACGGAUAAAAUUGCACAACGAAAAACUUAUGGAGACACUUCGACAACAGAAGGAAGAACGUGAGAAGCGACGACGUAGUUUCCAUGAGCGUAUGACCCAGAAUCGAGCGGAAGACACGGCGUUCCAGCAACAGAUGGCGUCGAUUCUGAAUCGUGUCGAUUCCGUUCGUAAUCGGCAAUCGAUUUACGAUAUCGUGAACAAGAUGGACAUACCAAAGGUGAAUAACCUUUAG